AUGUCCGCCCAGCAUAUCGACCUUGCCAAGCUCAAUCCGGAACAGCUCGCUGUCGUCAAGCAACAAAUCGACCAGGAAUUGCAGCAUUUCACGCAAUCACUCCAAGCAUUGAACAUGGCCAGGGGCAAAUUUAAGGAAUGUAUAGACGACAUCGUUUCAGUCUCUAAGCCUGAAAACAAUUCACAGUCGAUAUUCGUGCCACUUUCAGGCUCUCUUUAUGUGAAGGGAAGGAUCAAAGACAACUCUAAGUUUAUGGUCGAUGUGGGAACAGGUUAUUACGUCGACAAGAGCGCAGAAGAAGCGAAGGCAUUUUAUAACGCCAAGAUAGAGAAACUCAACAAAGAAUCAGUUCAGAUUCAAGCUAUCAUAAAGGAAAAGAGCCAGUCGUCCGUGGCGAUCGAAAACCAGUUAAGACUCGCGGCCAUUAAGCGUCAUGAAGAGCAAGCGAAGCAGCAGCAACAGUCACAGUAA